AACGUCUGGUCUCCUCCACCUCCUCACUCACCACUUUCGACAUCAUCUCCAUCGACCAUGGCGCUUCCUAGAUCACUCUCGUUUCAACGUCUCGGGUCAGGUCCUCAAGUGCUUGAAGUGUACCUCUGUCCGACGUGUCCGUUUUCAGGGAAGAUAGCCAGAGCAUUAUCGGCAAAUGUCCUCCCGUUGAUCACGAAAGGUGGAAAAUACGAGGGCAGAGUCAGUCUUAUUCCCAGACUGUACCCUCAGCCAUUCCACUAUACCGCUCAAUUCCAAUGUGAAGCUCUCGUUUGGAUCGGUACAAAGUACCCUGAGCUCUACUGGGACUAUUUCCUCCAGAUCUACGAACACAUUGAAGAGUUCGGAAAUGUCCCUGCUCAAAAUAUGACGCCUCUCCAGACUCGUGAAAAGCUUUUCUCGAUCGCUCAGACGUUGCUGGAGAAGAACGGCAAGCUCAAAGGUCCCGCUUCGCAAGUUCAUGCGUCCUUUAUGGAUUCUGCGGAUGCCGUCAAGCGAAAGGCUGGAGAUGAGUACGCGAAGGCUGUCGAGGCAAUGCUCAAGUCUGGAGUCAAAUUGGGUCGUCAGAACGGGAUCCACGUUACACCCACCGUCUUGUUCGACGGGAUCCGAGAUGACUUUGUCUCUUCCAGCUGGGGCAAAGAAGAAUGGGAGGACUACCUCGCGAAGAAGAUGCAGGGCAUCUGAAUCUUCACUAGAGCAAUUGAUUAUGCAUGAACACGUGUUU